AUGGGGUUCCUACUAUUUCUGAAAGCAGAUCCUCCAUUGUUGAUCUAUCUUCCCGAUGCUCUGCCACAAGAAAUUCACAGGAGUAAUGACAAGGAAGACCGGACAAGAACAAGAAAUGCAUCUUUUAAAUCAAUUUUGCCUGCAGCUGCCUCGGCACUGCAAUCUGCGUUCCGCUGGUUCGCCAGUUUUCUUCCCUCCCCCUCCGCCUCCUCUUCCUCUGCCUCCUCUGCCUCCUCUUCCUCCAUCGCCACCACCAAGGACGACAACCACAACCGAGACGCUUUUGAGCUCACUGCUGAUGAUAUAGCAUUGGUCAUUAGCGCGGCGGUCUCGGUUGUGGAGACGGCGGUCUCGGUUGUGCAGGCGGCAGCAUCGUUGAUAAGGACCGUGUUCCUCAUUACCAAGCUCACGGUCCGAACAACGCUGCUGCUAGCCAAGGCCACCCUCUGGGCUAUCAAGAUGACAUGCUGUAUUCUGAAAAGGUAUCUAUAG